AUGGCAGGCACCCGGCUCCUGGCAGCGGUCCUCGUCCUGGGUCUGUGCACCAUGGCGGGGGCCGAGAAACCUUGGAGGACACCUGGGGUCCGUGAGACCUGGGAGAAGGGCCUCUCUCCCGGACAAGGUCGGGAUGACCACAGGUGCUGGGGGGCCAGCUUGAGGAGAGGGACUGGGCAGGAGGCCCCACCAGGGGCUCCUUGGAGUCCGGCUUUGAUGACCUUUCACCUUGACCUCUACCUGGGUCCAUCUGUCUACCUCUUUCCAGAAGCCCCCUGCCAGUGCUCUCGGAUGAACCCCCAAAACAGGAAGAACUGUGGCUUCCCAGGCAUCACCAGCGACCAGUGCUUCUCCGCCAGCUGCUGCUUCGACUCCAGUGUCCCGGGGGUCCCCUGGUGCUUCACCCCCCUCCCAAUGCAAGACAAAGAGGAGUGUGUCAUGGAGGUCUCCGCCCGCGUGAACUGCGGCUACCCGGGCAUCAGCCCCAAGGAGUGCGCCUCUCGAAAGUGCUGCUUCUCUGACGCCAUCCCCGAGGUGCCCUGGUGCUUCUUUCCGAAGCCCGUGCAAGACUGCAACUGCCGGAUCCCUUCGCUCUCACCAAAUGCAUCACCCCCGCUGUUGAACUGA